AUGGUAGUCAACUCUGAGGCAGGCCGUCCCCGUGUCAACAUGAAGGGGAUGGACCAGUACUCUUCUAUGCACUGCCAGGCUCAGGCUCAGGGAGUCGAGGAGUAUCCUUCAUGGAACACAAUGCCGCCCAUGAUGGCCGGUGCUCAUCCAGCUACCAAUACUGCCCUGAAAGUUCCAUACCCCCAUUUUGCACUAGUGGGUAUCGACUGGUCUGGACAGCUCAAGUUCCAUUCCUCUCUUCUCGAAAAGUUCAAUGGCCCCGUCUUUACCUCGGAAUUCAAACACUGGUUUGAAAGGGCAACGGGAGUCAAGGCUCUUGAUAGAUCCCCUAUCUUUGCCGGAGACGACUCAUACCAAGGAAGACCGUGGUCUAUGGCCCAGGAGGUAGAUGUCUUCCCAAACCCAGACUUCCCAAAGAAGCGUCGCCGAGAGAUAAUUCACCAGGCUCCCGUAGAACCAGAGGAGCAGGUCAAUGAUAUGGAAGCAGUCGAGAUGGUACCACUCGAAAUAGGAAACGAGGAGAAGAUUGAGGCAUACUACGAGUCCGCCUUCAGAGCUUUCCAGCAGAUCAACUGUCGUCAGGUAGCAAAGGCCUAUAUCAAAAUCAUCGAACCACGCAAGCAAGUCAAGCAUCCUUAUAAUGGAGGGCGAGGUGCUCCCGGAGAGAAGGGAGACCCGGAGAAGACCAAGCCAGAUUGGUGGCCAACAGGUGUCAUUCACCGUGAACCCGAUCACUUAAAGAAGCCAGAACGGAUACGCCUCCUUGUUCACAUCUUCCGCAAGCUUGGAAAGACCCAUGGGAUUACUGCCGACAAGCUAGAAGAGGCCGGAAGGGAUGCACAGAGACAGAUAAAACCCCGUGAGAGACUUGAUAUCCUGGAUGAGAUUUACAAGGUCCGAAGGGCGGAGGAGUGCUAUGAGAGAGAUGCAAAUGCCGUGGUAUAUGUCGUUAACAGAGAUGCAAACACCAAAUCCGAACGCGAAUCCGGAGCAAUGAGCGAUGCCGGCCAGAGCUCAACCCUCGCGGACGAAUCGAGAAAGGCAAUGGAGUCCCAAGCCACAAAAUAUCCUACUCUCUCAUCCUCACACCACAUAGCGAAGAGGCAGUCCCUCGUCCGCGACCACAAGCCACCUCACCUUUUCCGCACCCCAAAUCUCGCUGACUUUACAGGCAUGGAAAGUAAGCCUCCCGCGGAUCAAACCAUCGAAUACUUCUCCCAGUCAGAUUUCGCCACAUCCCCCGUUGAUGAACAUAUCAACACCAUCAGAGACGGCCAUCACUGGUCGUCCUUCCAACAACCCCUAUACAGCCCUGUGGAAUAUGCCCCAAACCACCUCGUACCGCAACAACUCCUUGCUCCUCCUUCCAUGGUCACCAGUGAAGCACCCAACUCCAGCCUACAGCAGACCCAUGGCCUCCCUCUUCCCGAACCGCACGGCUCAAGGCAUCAAUCCUUCGACUACAUCUCGAUGGACGGCAACCCAUUCAACUCCGGGCAGAUGACACAUCAAUUACUAGCCCAAAGCAGCCAGGAAUCGGAUCCAGUUGCACGAUAUAAAUGA